AUGCAAGCUCUUUUACCACUUCAUCUAGUGACAGUUGGCGUAGGUAUCGCGUGGGUGGUAAGACUGGCAGUCAACUCUACCCCUAAGCCAAAGGGAGCCAGCGAGCCCAGAGAGGCACCUGCAGAUGUCUCUGGGGAUGCAGAUCUAGAAAGGAGCGCAACGCAGUGGCUUGCUCGCACCGGCGUUGAGCGCAGCGUUUCGCUGUCGCCUCGCAUCGCGGAGCACAAUGCAACGCGGACGUCUUCUUAUGCUGAACUGGAGCUCUUGUCUGAAGGAGACUUUGUUUAUCUCCGGUCUGGGGCCAGCGUGCUUACAGCGCUGGUGCCCACGGUUCGGCAGUUGACCUUGCAGCCACUCCAACUCUUGAAGGGGAAGCCCGACGCCGUGCCCACGGCUCCCUUGGAGGCCAUCAGCGUGUGGCUGGUGCGCCGCCGUAAGCAGGAGGUCGUGUUCGAGUUGCUCGGACCACGCAAUCGGCGCCACAUCCUAGAGGCCGAUCUCAGGGCACCGCAUGGCGUGGCGCUUUCCAGCGGAACCCCGGGCAAGAGCGGCCUAUGGCACAUCACGGCGCAGGGACUGGCGAGCGUCAGGUGGCCCUCACAUGUCCUUCCGCUGCGAGUUGUGACCGUGCAGCUGUUCGAUAGCCGCACCAUGAAGUCCAUUAAGGAUGGACUGGGACAUAAGCUGGUGGACAUCGGGGCGAAGUUGCGCCAGGAGGAGCUUGAGCGGUUGCAAGCGGAGAAGGAGAGGGCGAGGAUGGAGACGGAGUUGAAGCGCGUGCGGAACGAUGCAGCAUCGCAGCUGGACGCGGCUGUCAGUGCGCGGCAGUCAGCAGAGCGUGAGGUGGCAGCUCUGAAGAGCCAAAGGGCCGACGAUGGCGUCCGGACCAAGAUGGCUCUGGCGAGGGCAUCUCUGGCGGAGUCUGCAGCGGAACAGGCGGAGGCGACAGUGCGGCGACAGCAGCAGCAGAUCCAGGGCAUGUUGGCGGGACAUGCGGAGGAGCUGCGCACUCUGCAGCAUGAGCUGCAAAUCGCGCGGGAUGCCAAUGGGUCUCUCAACCGAGCCAUGCGCGAGCAGGUCAUUCAGGCGCAGUUGGGCGUCAGGGGUCUGGCAUUCCCACGGCCGGAGCAGUGCGGGAGCAGUGCGGGCGGCGCUCCCACUCCGCAGCACCUCGGUGGUGGUGGUGCGGCGGCACCCGCACCGGCACCGCCGCCGCCACCGCCUGCCCUGCAACAGGUGGGCGGGGACACGGCGGGCGCGGCAGCUGACGUCGCGGGCUCGCGCGGGUCAAAUGAGGAAGUGAGUCUGUCGUCGAUUGUUGGAACCGUCAAGACGCAGCCACAGCAGCCACAGCCUCCGGGCCCUCCGGUGGCGGAAGAGCCGCCGCUGUGGAGGUCGCUGCUGGACUUGACGGGCGAUCUAAGCGUCACAGCUCUCAAGGAGAGUCUGGCAAUGAGCCGGCGAAAUACCAAGGAUGACGGUCCCUCACCUGCAUUGGCGACCCUAGCUUGGUCAGCGGUGCAGCGGCGGCAGUCCCGGCCCCAGCCCCAGCUUACCGACGAGGAACUACUGCAAGGCGCCUUGCUGCCUACACCAGGCAACGGAGUAUCCUGUGUGGCAGGAACGCUGCAGACAUGCGGCGUUGUACCAUCCGUCCCUACGCGCCGAAACAGCAGUGUUGGCAGCACAGCUGGUGAGACGAAGCCCGCCGCCGCGGGACACUGGGGCAGUGGCGGCGGCUGCGAUGGCGUCGGGAGCAGGGACAUGGGUGCUGCAGACGAGGACGGGUUUAUUAGCGCUGCGGUGCGGAUGUCGCCCCAGCUAAAACUGGCCGUCGGCGGUGGCGGCAGCGGUAGCUCCACAGCGACACCGCUGCGAGGGCAGCAGCCGCAGGUGCCGGGGGCGGCCGCCGGCGGCGUGGGGUUCCCUAGCGCCGCGCAAACGGAUGCAGCUGGGGCGGGUCCCGAUGCGGUGGCGCCGCGUGGCACUCCUGGGGAUUUGAAGGACGACGGUGCAACUGUCGCUGGCAGCGCUGCAGCAGAAGCAGCACAUACACCGCCCCAAGGGACAGCGCCCGCCAAUGGCAGUGCAGGUGCAGGCACCGCCGGCGCGGCCCCAGGGCACAGCCCAGCCCUGCUCGAGUACGGCAUGGAAGCUACGUUGACGUUGGAUUCCCUGCGGCGGCGCAUGCGCCAGCUCGAUGCAGAGCGGGAGCGGCUAGAGCUGCUCCGGGUCAGCUUGGUGGAGUCAUUGCCUUGGCGCGCCGGCAGCGGCGCCACCCCUGGAGGAGAACGUGGGGGUAGUGAUGGUGGUGCUAUCGGCCUCGGCAUCGGUGGGGCAAACCGUAUGCUCUUUUUCUCUGAGCGCCCCAGUGGCGGCGGCGGCGGCGCCGCAGCCUUGAUUGGCCGUGAGGGCCAGAAGAUAGACGGUCAGAGGCAAGCUUUCGGGCAGCUGGAAUCUGGCAAUCAGCGCACGCAAGCAGAUCUGCAAGGACAGCCAGCUGGGCACUCACCACAGCGUAGAAGCGGCGGGCAGCUAGGGUCAAGGUCGGGGGCAGCUGUAUUGCUUGAGCAAGUAGAAGGGGUUCAGGCGUGCCUGAAACAGCAGCAUCAAUCUACACUUGAGAGGCUGAGGGAAUCGCCGUGGAGAGGGCAGAAGGAAGCGCAGAUGCAUCAGGCACAUAAUCCGGCAGCGCCGCAUGUUCAGUGCGCGGGGUCCGGCCCUGACUGCUUUAGCCGUGAAGCCUGUGCUGCAGGCAACGUCGUGGUGGUGGGACAACAGCAGCAGCGAGCCAAGUUUGAUGGCAGUACCGUCGGAAGAAGCCUGGUCCAGCCCGCUCGGUUGUCCAGCGCUGGUCUCGGCGCGGCUGCGUAUGCUAUCAGCAGCCCAUCCCGGCCCCCGGCGAUCCCAAUCCUACCUACCGCCCUAUCACCGGCCAGCCGCAAUUACUGCCUCCCGGAGCAGCUGCGCCACGGCAGCGGAAUCGGAGCCGAGGCUCCCCCUCAAGCACUUUCCACCCAUGCGGCCGACACCGGGCUACUUGAAGGUGGCGCACAAGCGGGCUCGGGCUCUUGCUCAUCCUUGGAAGGUGCCGCGGCCGCAAAUGGACCAGACGGAGAGGACAGCCUAAGCUCUAGCUGUUGCAGCAGCGACGGCCACAGCCGCAUCAGCAUGACGAGCCGGCGCGUGGACACAUCGGACGUUGGCUGCAUGCGAGCCACGGUCUCGGCCGAGGAGCUGUUCACCACGAUGGAGCACGACCAAGCCAAGAGCGGCAUCAAUGCUGCCUCUGUCGGUCUGCAUGGCCAAAGUGCUUUGGACGCGCCGGUUUCGGGGCCAUGGAAUGGACCAAACGCAAAUGGCGGAGAUACUCGGGGCGCGGUGGUACUGACUGAAAUGUCGUCCCUGGCGGUGUCCGCGAGCGCGCCUAAUGUGCCCGAGUUGCAAGCUGAAGGCUAUAAUCCCCCGAAUAGGGAUAUGCUAUAUGGUUUGUACGACAGCAUUGACGGCCUUUGUAACCUGGGCUCCACGCGGGCGAUGCCCACUGCCCGUGGUGCGGCUGGCUUAAUGACUGCGCGCCGCGUGGGGGUUAGCCAGCUACCGUCAGCUGCCGGCGACGUGCCGCUGCAGCAGGCGCCUCCGGUGGCAUCGCCGCCGCAAGAGGCCGUUGCAUGCAGCCCUAGACGGCUGAUUGGCACGCAGGGUCAGCAGGGCGCCACCGCGACAGCCGCAGCGGCCCGCACGCCUCCUGAGGCGGCCGCACGCGUGGCGACUCCUAAGAGUUGCGCCAGCACCACAGGUGCUGGCGACAUGAGCGCGGAUGACGACGGUCUUGUACUAUGUGACGAACAGGUUCCGUCGCCGCCGCCGGCGAUGCUGCUGGGACCCCUUGACCAGUUGCGUAGUGCCGGGGCGGUGACGACAGGUGGCGUGGAUGGGGGAAUCAGUCGAAUGGGUGGCCGCUUGCUCUCGGCGCUGGAAGAGGAGGAUGAUGACGAGUAA